AUGUCGGAUUUAGCCCUUCCAAAAUCAGGCCUUGAUGUAGAAGCCUUGACAUCUUAUUUGCUGUCGAGGAAAGCAGGACUUAGAAUUCCUUCGUUUAAUCCUGGAAUCUGUGACGACAGUGAGAGCAGAUUAAUCUGCUUGGGAUCAGUAACUGCAACAAAUGGGACAUUGAACCUCAACCCCGAUGAGUCACAGCAGAAUCAGCAACAGAAGAACCAGAUUGCACGAGUCCUGUUUAGAUAUCCUGAUGAUAAGCUUUCACCGCAUGAGAGCUUUGGGUCGUAUAUUGGAAUUCUUGAUCCUUCCACCGAAGGUGGAAUUCUUCGUCAACUCGCGGUCGAGCUAGACACAUACAAGAACGAACACGAACCCGACAAUAACCAUGUUGCAAUUGUGACAACCAGCGUUCAAUAUCCUAUAGCCAGUAAAAGUUUAAACAGUAAUGGUGUUUAUCUAAGGAGUGGAAAAGAGAUUACAGUUGAAAUCGAUUAUGAUGGAUGGGAAAAAGAUCUCCAAGUUUCUGUUGCAUAUUCGGGCAAUCCUUUAAUAAAUGUUCUGAGCCAAAAUAUAGUACUGGAAGACACAGUUCCACAAUCAACUUAUGUUGGCUUUACAGCUUCAACGGCUUAUUUCUUCGAAACUCAUCAGAUUUUGAGUUGGAACUUCGCGUAUUAUAACUUGUUAAGGAAAUUGUUGAAGCAUGGUGUUAAAAGAAACAAACCUAAGAUAGCAUUGUCGAUUGUUGUUCCGACUUUGGUAGUCUCUACGUUGGUUUUCUUGGAGAAAUGA